GAUGGGAUGACAUGGUUCCUAAAUUCUCCCCAACAAUCGCUAGGGUUCAUCUUGGCGGAUAGUGGAUUUGAUGUAUGGAUUGCAAACACCAGAGGGACUAGAUUUAGCCGUCAACAUGCUACUUUGGAUGCAUCUAAACCUGAAUACUGGAACUGGUCUUGGGACGAGCUUGUUGACUACGAUCUCCCUGCUACAUUUGACUUUGUGUAUCAUCAAACAGGGCAGAAGCUCCAUUACGUGGGCCAUUCCUUGGGGACUUUGAUCGCUUUGGCAUCCUUCUCGGAAGGGAAGUUGGUAGACAAGUUGAGAUCUGCAGCUUUGCUUAGCCCUGUUGCCUACUUGAGCCAUAUGACCACUAGCAUUGGCAUACUUGCGGCCAAAGCCUUCCUAGGAGAGAUAAUCAGUCUGGUUGGUGUGGCAGAGUUCAACCCCAAAGUGGAAGCUGUUGCCCAGUUCCUCAAUUCACUCUGCAAGAAUCCUGGGGUCGACUGCUAUGACCUUUUAACCUCAUUCACAGGCAAAAAUUGCUGUCUCAAUGCCUCCACGGUUGAUAUGGCCUUGAAGAAUGAGCCACAGUCCACCUCGACCAAGAACUUGGUCCACCUCUCUCAAACUGUGAGAGAUGGGACAUUGUCAAAGUUCAAUUACGAGUUCCAGGUGAUGAACGUGGAGCAUUACGGGCAAGGGAGACCACCCAUCUAUAACCUCUCAAACAUUCCCACUAAUCUUCCUUUGUUCCUCAGUUAUGGAGGAAGGGACGCCCUUGCAGACGUUGAAGACGUAGAGAAUUUGCUGGACAAGCUUAAGUUCCACCAAGGAGACAAGCUCACCACUCUGUUCAUCAAGGAUUACGCACAUGUUGAUUUCAUAAUGGGUGUCAACGCGAAGGAGAUGGUCUAUAAUGCCCUCAUCGCCUUCUUCGGACGCUAUUGAUCCCCAUGGAGUUCAUAUUUUUAUUUGUAUGCUUAGGAAUGAAUAUUUUGGUUAUUUAUAUGCUUAAGUUUUUUAAUUUUGAAUAUUAUAAUAGUAAUUAUCUAA